CGAUAAUAUGUUACGACGUUUUAUUUGUUAGCCAUAUACUUUUGUUGAUAAAUUGAGUUGACGUGGUCAACAUUCAACAGACUUCUGAGAUCUUUAUUCUAUCAAACUAUGUCUGAAUCUGAAGAGGAUGCAUCAUUUGCAAGUGCAGAUGAAGGAGAGGAGGGGAAGCAUAAAGCAACAGUGACUAAACCAAAGGAGGGUGUUGGGACAGUGAGUCAAGGAGACACAAAAACAAAAGCACAGACCAAUGUAUCAGCAAAAAGUGGCCCAGAGAAGCAGAAGCAACAAAAGCAACAGCAGCAACGAAAUAAGAAAAAAAGCAAUAAACUAAAUCAACCAACAAAUAAAGAAAAAGUCACAGAAAAGCCAGUGAGUCCGUCGUCAUCUGCUUCUUCCACUGAGCUUGAAGCCAGUACAUCUGCAGCAUCACAAGAUGACAAAACUUCUGAGAAAAUAUCACCUGCAAGCAAAGUUGAAUCAAAAGAAAACAAGAGCAUUGAACCCUCCAAUAUUCCUCCUACACAGAUUGAGGUACCAUCUAAGCAAGCACAAAGUGAUGCACCAUCUAAACAAGCACAAAGUGAUGCGCCAUCUAAACAAGCACAAAUUGAUACACCAUCUAAACAAGCACAAAUUGAUACACCAUCUAAGCAAGCACAAAGUGAUGUGCCAUCUAAGCAAGCACAAAGUGAUGUGCUAUCAAAACAAGCACAAAGUGAUGUGCUAUCAAAACAGACUCAGAAAGAAACUGGAAGUACAAAGCAACCGAGCAUAGAUAGAAACUCAGAGACUACUGAGAAAGAUGGUACAGGAAGCACCAAGACGCCUGACUGUGAAGAUAUUCCGAGGGUCAAAGAUCACACACCACAGCAAGAAGAAGUACUUAAGAAACUUGGAGAGUCUGCUGAGAAAGGCUCUGGCUGGGGUUGGGGCAGCUGGGGCUCCUCACUUAUCUCAGCAGCCACAAGCUCUGUGCAAGUUUUCACCCAUCAAGUUGGAGAUGGUUUCUCAACGAUCAUAGACACAGUGGAGUCCUCACUUGGUAUCCCUGACCCUGAAGAGAUGGCGAGGGCCCAGGGUGUGACAGAACCAACUCCAACAACAGAGGAGGCUCCCUCUGCUGUCACAUCUCAACCAGAGGAAUUAAAAAUUGAGCAUGAGGUUAAGGCUGAGAAAACUCUAGAAGGUUCUGGACAAGGAGAUGAACUUGGUGAACUGGGAGAGAAAAAUAAAAGGGAAGAAGAGAAGAAAGCCAAAGACAGUUGGUUCUCUAGUUGGGGAGUCUCUGAUCUGGCCAAGAAGGUGACAGACACGGGAAAAUCUAUUGCAUCUAAAGGCCAAACUUUAAUGGCUGAAGGUUUUGAUGCAGUUGAGAACCUUGCAGCUGGGGGGAUUGAUGUUCUAGAAACCAUUGGGAAGAAAACUUACAACACAAUUUCUGAGCAUGACCCUGCUUUUCGUAAAACUCGAGAUUUCCUAACCCCCAAGGGAAACAAACCAAACCUUUCCAGUGUACUAAGGGAGGCAAGAGACCAGGCUGAGUAUGAAGUAACACAGGCCAAAGAAAAUGAAGAAGCUAGGAAGGCCCACUUUGGAACAUUGUUUGAUGAUUUUCAAGGGAUCUCCCACCUAGAAGCAUUAGAGAUGUUGUCCAACCAAAGUGAGAAGAAGGUGCACACACUCCUUAAAUCACUGUCUAAAGAAGAUCUGGCCACCAUCAAGCCUCUGCUCAUCAACAUCAAAGAAACAUUUGAAGUGGAUGAAGAAAAUGAAUCAGAGAACACAUCUGAUCAAGACUUCUCAACUCUACUUCACCAAUGCCUGUCUGAACUGGAGCUGGGGACUGCGCCAGAUAAGCUGAACAAAGUUCACAGCAUGGUCAAACAGUGGAUACAAGACUUUGACACUCACGAGACCCAUGAGGGGGAUAAUUUAAAGGAAUUGCAUCAGAAAAGUAUUCAGGCUCUGGCUGAACUGACAGCUAAAGGUGUAGAGCAGUUUCACAAAGCUGGAGAGCUCGUCUUGCUGGAGAAGGAUAAAGAUAAAGAUUGUUUAGAGAGAGCAAAAAGCUUGGCCAGGUUAACAAGUGUACUGUGUCAUGAAAUUGGAAACUUGGCAGCAAAAUUUGUUGCAUGUUUAAAUAAACUUGCAGAUAAACAAGAAAAAGGUGAUGAUGUGACACCUUUAGUGACCAAUGUUUAUCUUGAGGCUACAAACAGCAGCACAUACAUUCAAGAUGCUUUCAUGUUGCUGUUACCUGUCCUCCAACAUGCAGCUAUUGAGCACAUGAUCAUGUCUAAACACUCAUGACCUUUGUGACCUCACAUCAGGGGAAGACUAUCCUGUCCAUGUAAAUAGUUGUAAAUCAGAGUGAUGCAAUACUACCAAUUGUUAUUUGAUGGAAUUGUGUGAUUGGGAGAUUUUAUACACAACAUACAGUGUCAUCUUUUUAUUCAAGGUGAUAGCAUUGCUGGUUAUUGUUGGAUUGUUGCUGAUAUUUUAUUGAUCUGUUGGAAGGGGAAUUUCUACUAUAACGCUAAAAAAUGAUCUGCUACUUAAGUAUUUUUCACUUCUCUCCAAGUUCUGAUCAGCACAAGUGUUAUUUUAACCUUCCAGCAUAAUUAAAGUUCAUUAUAUUUGUCUGGAUUAUCAGUCACACUAUCUACUUGAGGAAAUAGUUGUAUUAAUUGGUAAGUUUUUUUGUAACAGUAUAAUUCUAAAAAAAAAAAGUAAUAAUUCUUCGACUUAAUUUUUUCUGUCUACUUUAAGUUGAGUCUACUUUGUGCUAUAUUCACAACAUAAUAAAUGCAGAUUGGGGCUACUUAAAGUUGAAAUGUUUAUAUUCAAUGUCCAAUGAUAUAUUUUUUCUUUUGUUUGUUACCUCUACUAAAAAAAAAACAAGUACUGACAGAUCUGGGCUAAAAAUGUAAUACAUAAUGAUAGAGUGGCAUAGUCAAGCAGCAGGGCAAGUGACUGCUAAGCUGAAGAUCCCAAACUCUAGUCUGUGGGACAUAUAUGAGUCCACCCAGCUCUGAUGGGUACCUGACUCACGUUAUGGAAAGAAAAAGUAAUGGUAUAGAAACAGGUUGACUUUACUUUAUUUGCUCCAUCGACCCCAGGUUUAUAAGGGUAACUCACUGUAUGUUUAUGAGACAUAUUGUUUUUCAAGUUAAAAAACUUCUGAAUUUCUAUACUGUUGGGGUGUAUAUAGAUGUACAUUGUUUUAUUUAAAAACAGGGGUGUAUUAGUUUUACUUUAUACCAUUGUCAUUUAAAGUGAAAUGUACACAAUUUAAGUUAGUUUUAUUGAUACAAUUUUUGUAUUUGACUUGUAUUGAAACAACCACAUGUCUAACCUAUGACCCCUGAAGAUUUAUCACUUGUAAAGAUGCAUUAUCUCCCAUUUAUGAAUAUUUAUUACAAAUGUUUUAGUCAUUUAUUCAUAAAGAUAUAACCUAGGUAAAAAGAAAAUAACCUUACUUUCCCAAAUUACCCUCAUUUAUACUGCAAUCUUGUCAUGUGACAUUCACUGAACUGUAAACCUUUUAAUAUUCGCUAUUUUCUAGCUUAUUGUUUGUAUAUAAAGUGGAGAUAAAAAUGAUUGGAAUAUUAACAAUAGAAACAGGUAUAUCUCUAGCUAGAGAAUGUAAAUUUAGAACACAAUUGUUCAGUCACUGAAUUAUUUAUACAAUUUUCAAAAAGCACUCCUGCAACAGCUGACUUAGUUUAUCAACACUGCACAAAGCUCCACUUCUGAUUGGUUGUUAGCUUUGUAUUUAUUAACAUAAUUUGUUGUGGGUGCAGACUUAAGGUCCUCUACAUGAUUUCUACCUACUUUGUGUUCUAAUUUUCUGUCAUGAUUUUAAAAUAGAGCUGUGAUUUGUACUUGACACUUUUAGUGCACUGUAUGUCAAUGAAUUUCAAAUAAACAUUGUAGAGU